AUGAGUUCUUCAAGCAGUGAAAGUGAACGCAGUUCGGAAACUGAAAACUCAGAUAUGGCAAAUGAAAAUUUACUUUCGAAUUCCGGCGAUGAGGAGACAAUUGUGGCUAAUUCAGUUGUAAAUCCUUACGAAAAUGAACCUCUUGCGAACGCAGUCGGAGAGAAUUUUGUGUCUGUCAAAGAAGACGCAGACGGCUUAGAACCUCGAACAUUGGAAGCGAGUUUCGAAGGAACCGUUCAGUUAGAUAAGUGGUGUGCAUGUAGCUUGUGUCGUACUCAACUGCUGACAGAUGCCAUUGAAUACCGUUGUUGUCAAGAGGUUGGGCCUACUUUACAUAAACUGGUAUUCGAUGGUAGCAUUGAAAAAAUUAGCUGUGUUACUCUUCACGAAGAGUACACGAUUAUGACACGUGCCACAGUCUUGAAGAAUGUUGGCUCACUUCUAAGAGACCAAGAUGGAAGGUCAUACAAGCGUCGUAGAAUACAUGAAAAUGAGUUAGUACAUUUUUGAUUUCUAAUUUUGUUUUGUAACGAAUGAUUAAUAUCUUGC